AUGACCUUCGAAGCGUCGAGACUAGAAACAUGGCAAGUUCAACUUUCCCACUGUAGCACAUUGGGCAUAUGUCUCAUUCACCUAUUGCACUUAUUGCUAUUCAUCUAUGUCAAAUCGGGCAGGGAACCCCGCGUUGAAUCGAUUAUUACUGCGUUUGGAGGAACAAAUGGCGACUGUCCAUUCACCAGGGCUACUCAAUUCCCAGCCAGUCUUUCAUCCUCUGACGUUAUGCAUCCCCUUUCUCGCCUUAAUUACUCUCUCAUUCCGUCCUGCAUAUCAGUUGUACCUGGAGCCAGGUACCUAGAUUUACCACCCACAGGUGGAACUUUAGAUACUUAG